AACUCCACGGUGUCCACUGCUCGCAUGGACAUGGCAACACCAGAGACGGGUGGCGUGCUGGGCGACAACGCCAAGGCCUCCUCAGGGUCCACGCCAGAGGACCAGGCCUUGGCCCCGGGACAGCUGGUCAACGCAGAAGCUCUACAGACCCCGGGGCUGUCAGGAGUGAAGCGGACGCAAGGGCGCAAGCUCACACCAGGAUCCAGCGAGGGGCGGGGCCGGCCGCCCAAGCGCAUUUACUUGAACCCCAGCCCCAACAGGGCGUCGGCAGACCUGCGCAUCCAGACGAAGGUCAAGCUCGUGCAGCUGCAGCUGAUGGCACUUGCAUAUGUCUUUGGCAACUGGAAGCCCAAGACAUCGGAGCAGUCCUGAGAAUGCAAGCAUGGUGUACUGUAAUGGCAGACCCUGAAUUCGAGUCAGCACAGGGUAUUCAGACGAACAGAUGUAGGUGGCAUCGAACAGAUGUAGGUGGCAUAAGCUACAGUGGGCUAAGACUUGAAGGCUUCUGCAGAGACAGACGAGAGUACUCAGCUUUAGAGCCUCCGUCCGCUUUGAAUCAAUCAUGAUCAGGCUGUUAGGUGAAUUAAGUCGAGGUGCAUGCAGACCAGACUUUAAAUCAAUCAUGAUCAUGGCUGUCUUUGAAGAGUCCCUGGACAGGGUGCAUGCUCUUGCAAGCUUGAAAUAAUAAAUAAGCU